GCUUUCUGCCAUUCAUCAUCAUUCAUCACGAUGGCGAAGGCGCAAGUGUACAAGGUGGCGAAAAUUUUCGAUGGGGAGAUCAGAGAAACAGACUUGACUUUGGUGGAGGAGGAGCUGCCACCACUGGAAGAUGGAGAAUUCUUGGUGGAAAACUUGUACCUCAGCGUCGACCCGUACAUGCGCGCCUACGCCAGUAGCUACUCAGUGGGGCAAGUCAUGAUCGGGAUCCAAGUGGCAAAAAUCGCCGAAUCCAAAAACCCCGGCUUCCCCGUAGGUGAGAUCGUCGUCGGUGACCUGGGCUGGCGCACCCACACCAUUAUCAAAGAAUCCCAUAAUCAACACCUGUAUCUCCUGCCUGAUAUCGGCAAUUUACCCAAAUCUCUAGCUUUGGGUGUGCUUGGAAUGACCGGUAUAACCUCUCUGUACGGGUUUUUGGACAUCUGCAACCCCGAAGAGGGAGACACCGUCGUUAUAACCGGCGCCGCUGGCGCCGUCGGCAGUCACGUGGGCCAAAUUGCCAAAAUCAAAAAAUGUCGGGUCAUCGGGAUCACCGGCUCGGAAGAAAAAGCCCGCUGGUUGGAGUCCAUAGGGUUUGACUACGUCAUCAACUACAAAACCACCAAGGACUUGGCAGGGGAAUUGAGAAAAGGAGCCCCGAAAGGGAUUGAUUGCUACUUUGAUAACGUUGGGGGCGACAUUAGUACCACCGUCAUGGGGUUGAUGAACAUCGGAGGACGCGUCUCUGUGUGUGGGUCCAUUUCGGGCUACAACAUGAAAGUACCACUUCGAGCGGCGAUUGUGCAGCCCGCCAUUGUCCAAAAGCAACUAAGGGUGCAAGGGUUCCACGCCACCCAGUUUCGCGACCGCUGGAUCAAUGGAAUUAAACAAAACCUUCAAUGGGUUCAAGAAAACAAACUCAAGUACCGCGAGACCAUUUACGAUGGGUUCGAGAACGCCACAAAGGCGCUGAUUGGAGUCAUGAAGGGCGAAAACACGGGGAAGGCACUAGUGAGGGUGAAGGCGUCCCACGUGGAGAACGAAUCCUUGGACUUUAACAACGCGCUUACUAAAUUCAAGAAGUUCCAAAGGGCUUGAGUUACUACAAUAAAAUUUAUUUCUGUA